GAGCUCUGGGCCGAUGUGGCGGGUGAGGCGGGCGCAGGGAUUCGGGGCCUGGCUGCUGGUGCGGAGCGCUCCUGGGUCCCUCGGAACCGAGCUGGUCCCUCCACAGCCUCGGGCCGGGUCCCGCCGGCCCGAGGCAGGACCGGCGCCCGAGUUCCCUUCACCCGGAAGGAGCCGUCCUGAGCCCUGGCCUCUUUCUUCUCUGUCUGGCUUUUGCCCUUCUGCCCCAGACGUGGUCCCCGAACUAGGAGCGUUCUCAGAACAGGCAUUGUCUCUUAGCCGAGCCGGCCCCCUGCCUUAGGCUGCCCCAGGCCUGGGCCCCGCACCUGCGCCCACGACGGCCUCGCUUCCCCGCAGGGUGUGCCGACGUCCACUCCUGAGCGCGGACCCCUGCCCAGCCCCUCUUGCCUCUCAGGACUCCAUCCAUCCCUUCCUCGGGCCAGAACUUGUGUCUUGAGCACUUCUCCCGAUAGUCAACCCCCCUCCCCCCGCCCCGACCUCACGCUGUUGGCUGCUCCCGAGGAAAGGGGCUUUCUCACAUGCUCCCCCUGAAUUCCUCAGGCCUUCUCUGAGGACGAGCCUACCCCCGCUCGCAAGAAGGGGCCGCAUGCAGGUGGUGCCCCGCUGCUCGCUGUCUUGCCCACGGUCCGCCCCCUGCCCCCUCCUACCCUCCCCUAUGGCACAGGAGGAUGUCCACAGCAAGGCUGCAAACGGUCUUCAUUGUUCUUGCCGUGUUAUGUUACCUUUUAGCUUAAGUUGCUUCAGAAGUAAGAUACCUGAAUGUCACUUUUAAAGGAAGUUUCUGCCUCGUCAGCAGGACCCGUGUGUUUCCAGCUCCUGCUGCACACGCUUUGAGUCAGGCACACAGUGAGCAGUUUCUGGCACUGAGUCCCCUUCUCUGGCCCUUCCUCCUCCUUCCUGUUGUGCUUAGAGUCAGGCCCUCCGAAGUGACCGGGCCCCCUGUUUUCCUCCUGGUUUUUACAGUGGUUGUGCACUACACGUCUCCUUGAGGAUGGAUUAUGGCCUUUCAUCCCCUCUGCUCCGCAUGGGGCCAGGCAGUGCACAGUCACGCUGUCACACAGCCAUUAGGAUGAAAACAGGUCCCAGAAGGACCAGCACCCCCACAUUGCAGACCGGGAGGCUGACUCAGGGGGCUGAAAGGAUGAACCUGGGGCUGGCUGCUGACAAGCCUAGGGUUUGUCUUUGGGAGUCUUGCUACAUCUGAAAACACUUCACUUCUGUUGAGCUGUGGUCUCAAAGGGCUGCCUUUGUACAUUCCACAUAAGGAGUGUGGGGCCUGCUCUUGAAGAAAGUGCUUGAGGGACUUGUUUCUGAAGAGGCUUGCAGGCCCCCCAGCCCCAGAAUCCUAGAGGAAUCCCUGCCCGCUGCAGCACCUUUGCCCCUGUCUCAGCCGCUCUCGACGGAAUGAGGGUUUUAUGAAGGUUCUCAUGUCAGAUGAUAAAGUACCAUGUGCACGAGAGAGGCCCCCACGGCUCAGGCAGUAAAACCUCUAUUAGCUGGAAACCACCUCCCAGGGCCCCUCUACUCUCCGGUCCGUGUUUGAGGGGAGUCGCGGCCACCGUCCCUGCAGAGAAGGCCAGAGGUCCAGCCGUGGGGGCGCCCAGGGUGGCUGACGCUGGUCCCCCUGCAGAGAGGGUCGGGAAGCUGCUGGAGCUGGAGAGAGGAGCUGAGAAGGGGCCCUGGCUUGUGCUGGCCCUGCGUCAGCUCUGGCAGGUGAGGGUUGGGGAGGAAGAGGCGGGAAGGCCACCAGCCCCUGCCCAGGUGCGACCCCCUCGGCUGGGACGAGCCCCUCCUCAUGGCCUCCAAGCCGGUUGCCGGGCGGGGCCCUGGGGAGAAGCGCAAGAGGGUGGUGCUGACCCUGAAGGAGAAGAUGGACAUCUGCCGGCGCCUGGAGAAGGGCGAGAGCAGGCGGGCACUGAUGCAGGAGUACAACGUGGGCAUGUCCACCCUGUACGACAUCAGGGCCCACAAGGCCCAGCUGCUCCGCUUCUUUGCCAGCUCUGAUUCGGACAAGGCGCUGGCGCAGCGCCGCACCCUGCACACGCCCAAGCUCGAGCACCUGGACCGCGUGCUCUACGAGUGGUUCCUGGUGAAGCGGUCCGAGGGCGUGCCCGUCUCCGGCCCCAUGCUCAUCGAAAAGGCCAAGGACUUCUAUGAGCAGAUGCAGCUGACUGAGCCCUGCGUGUUUUCUGGCGGCUGGCUCUGGCGCUUUAAGGCCAGACAUGGCAUCAAGAAGCUGGAUGCAUCCAGCGAGAAGCAGGCGGCCGACCAGCAGGCGGCCGAGCAGUUCUGCGGGUUCUUCCGGAGCUUAACCGCGGAGCAUGGCCUGUCCCCCGAGCAGGUCUACAACGCUGAUGAGACUGGUCUCUUCUGGCGCUGCUCCCACAGCCCUAACCCUGAGGGUGGGCCGGCGCCCGGCCCCACGCAGAGCAAGGACCGGCUGACUGUCCUCAUGUGCGCCAACGCCACAGGCUCCCACAGGAUCAAGCCCUUGGUGGUCGGGAAAUGGGGUGGCCCCAAGGCGGUGCAGGGCCUCCAGCACCUGCCUGUCGCGUACAAGGCCCAAGGCAGCGCCUGGGUGGACAAGGAGAUUUUUGCUGACUGGUUCCAUCACAUCUUCGUGCCCGCAGUGAAGGAGCACUUCCGAGCCGUGGCCCUGCCAGAGGGCAGCAAGGCCAUCCUCCUCCUGGAUGGCUCCCGGGCGCACCCGCACGAGGCUGAGCUAGCCUCGGAGAACGUCUUCACCAUCUUCCUGCCUGCCAGUGUCACUGCCCUGCUCCAGCCCAUGGACCAGGGCAUUCGGAGGGACUUCAUGAGGAACUUCGUCACGCCCCGCGGCAGGCUGCAGGCCUUGGCUCCCCGCUGCAGCGUGCACGAUGCCGUGCUUGAUGUGGCCUGUGCCUGGGAUGCGGUGCCGGGCACCGUCCUCAGCCGGGCCUGGAGGAAGCUGUGGCCUGAGGCUGCACUCGUGGAGGGCUCAUCCUCCGAGGAGGAGCCGGAGCGGCUCAGGACUAAGCCCCCCGACCAGGCCUUUGCGCACACCCCCGGGCUCGCAGCAGGUGCCCCGGCCCACCUCGGGAGCGCGGCCUCAGGGAGCCCGGAGCUGGCGGAGGCUGGAGGGGCAGACAGGGCGGCCUGGGAGCAGGCGGCGGUGUCCUUCGAUGCCGUGGUGCGCUUCGCGGAGGCGCAGCCCUGCUUCUCGGCGCAGGAGCUGGGCCAGCUGCGCUCGCUGCGCUCUGUGUUCAGCAGGCGGUGGCAGGCGCAGCGAUGUGGGGCCCCCGCAGCCGCGGUCAAGCUUGAGGCACCCUGGGAACGGCCUGGGCCUUGCGGCACCCAGCCUCGCUCCCCGCUGCCCAGCUCGUCCACGGCCGGCGAGGCCUGAGGCGGUGAGGUCUGACCUGCGGUCUCGGGGUCAUGUUCGUCAGGACAGCCUGCCCCGUUGAGGUUUUGCCGUGUGGUCUGUCCUGCCACCCGAGCACAAGGAGGUCUUCCUGAAGGGCCCACCCAGACCCGAAAUGUCCCAGAACCUCCAGGGGCCGCCGCCCAGCUUGUAUUCGCUGCCUGAACCUUGCUGUGUACAAGGGUAGGGACGUCUGUCUGUCCAGGCGGGGACAAGCCACCUUCAGCCGACUGACCGUGGUCCCCGCUGCUGCUUGAUGGGGCUGACACUUGCCGAGGGCCCCCGCUCGCCCCCUGGGGCUGUCUGCAGGUCUGGGGCCGGCCCUGGAUCAGGCAGGUCACUGAGGGUGGGACUCGAUUGUGAGUGAGAGUCUGCGUGGCCCCUGCCUGUGGCCUUGCAGGCCCUGUGUCCCCACGUCGGUCGUCAGCUCUCCUAGCAGAGUGAGCCUCACUUCAUGUUGCCCUCGGGCUUGGGCCCCAGGAUGCAGUGGGCUGCAUGCCCACUUGACGUGGUAGCAUUGUUUUUAGAGCCAGCAGGAGCGGGCCACUGGGGAGCCCAUUGCCCCAGUGUGGGACCCCAGGUCGCUGCCAGUGUUUUGAGCAUCUUGGCUCCAAGUCCUGUAUGUGGUCCACAGUCCCUCAAUCCCCAGAACUUUGCAUUUACAGCCUCCGCAUUAGUAAACCUGGACCAGAAAUUUGGAAGUUAGUCUGAGGUGAUGUAACAAAAACAGUAAAAGGAGCUACUUAGAUGCCUAGCAGCGUUGGAACUCUUAUUUUGAGCUGUUGGCCCCAUAGUGAUUGACGUGGGGAAAGCUGACUGUGUGGGCCGCUCUUGUAAAGACCCGUACCAGGAGACUUGUGCUCCCUGCGUCGCUGCUGGUGCCUCCGCUCUGCAUCGCUCGUCACCAGAUGGAGCGCCUCUGGCCAGCCUGGUCCCUUGUCACCAGACAGAGAGCCCCUGGUCACUUACGACCAGACGGAGUGCCCCGGGCGGCCUGGUUGCCCUCUUUGAAUGAACCAGAUAUGGGCGUCCUUUUCUGGGCUCUUCACCAUUUGCCUUCAGUUCCACCGCUUCUUGGGCAGCUGAAUCAGCCCACAGUUUUCAUUCCUGUGUUUAUUGCACUGAGACCCCUCUGUUCCCAAGAGCCAAGGGGAGGCGAGGGUUCGGCUUGUGGUCGUUUCUCUGGUAUAUCUUUGCGUCCUUCCAAACACUGAGGUGACAGUCUCGGCUGGCCUGCCACUGCUCUGUGAGCCGUGUGUUUCCUGCUGAAAACGUGUGUGAAGAUUGUGAAACAAGCACAGGUCAUUUUCAAAGUGUCCUUGCUGAUUUUUUGGGCCAGACUGCCUCCUGCUGAGCCGUCACGUCGGCUUCCCUCACGUGUGGGGGCGACAGCUGUGCAGCGUGCCCUCUCUCACCACUUUUGGACUCGUGUGUCCCCUGUGCUGCAGGCGUGUGGCAGGGUCAGGUGUCGGGGUGGCAGCCUGGACGUGGAUGGACACAUGGAGACGCUCCCUCCCCACGGCCAGCCCCAGUCCAGCGGCCUGGAGCGGCAGGACGGUGCUGGGGGUGGGCAGGCCUCCUAGGCCCCCUGUGAGUGCUCGGUCCCUAGCAGACAUAGCCCCCAGGCUGGAUUCUUGUCCUGCCAACACAGCCUGCUCCCCUCCCCGCUGUGUCGUGGCUGAUCAGUAAGCAGCCGUCACCGCUGGGAGGGAGCCUGUCCUUGGCACUUCUCGAACUGCUGCUUCCCCUGUUGCAUUGGGUCUCAGGGGUCUGGUUAGACCCUCAGUGUGGGAGGCCCCGGAGGCUGUGCAGUUGGAGAAGGCCGAUCAGGCCUGCAGGGUCGAGGUGAACCGCCCACCUCACCUGCAUUUCCUGUUGGGGGUGGGAAGCAGGAGGCCCUGCCCUGCGCACUCACACCUCUGAUGGCCGGGGUGGUGAGGGCAGGGGUGUUGAUGGAUGGGUGGGUGCAGGACAGAAAGGCAGGCGGUUGUAGCUCCUGCCUGGACCUAUCAGCCAGGCUUCCCUGGGGUGGAGCCAGAGCCCCUUGGAGGCAGCUCGGGGCCAUAGUAGCCAGAUGUUUCUGGAGGGAUGGAGGUUGGAGGCAGGGACUCGCACUGCUUCUGUUCCUGGGAGGCCGUGGCACAGGGCAAGCAGGACCCACCCCCGAGGGCCUGCCCAGCAGCUGCACAGACACCAGCUGCAGUGGGUUUCCUUAAAUGUGCUUCUAGCACAGGGCGUAGCAUUCCUGAGUACCUGCUGUGUGCUGGGCAUCGAGCUCAUCUGGAGGCCCAAGGGUGGUCAGACAGCCCCUGACCUGUUUCCAGGGAGCACAUGUCUCCCAAGAAGGGCUUCUGGGGGGCUGCGCUGUCCAUGAGUCACAUUCUCCACCGCUGUCUCCACAAAGACGCGGGCAGACUGCCAAGGUGCCCGGGGUGAGCCGUGUGGCGGCUACACGCUGAGGGUCCAGCCCCGGAGGCCUGGACAGCUGCCCCCUCCUCCCAGCACUCACCUGUCACUCACCGCCAGCAGUAAGCAGUGCUCAGAGGUUUUCACCAGGGGAGAAGCAGGCUAGUCCUGCAGGAGCGCACCUAGUGCCGCUGCUAAGGAGCUGACCAUGUUUCCUGCAGAACGCGGCGGAGCCCAGCCCAGGGUGCUCUCAAGAGACGGACGUCGUGGAGAGAGGUUGAUGCAGGCUGGACCGCUGUCUCCCUGUGGUCAGGGACCGGGUUCACUGGUGACGCAGGCUGGACUGCAGGCACCCUGUGGUCAGUGGAAUCCCCAGCACUGACCUCAGUAUCUUCUUCAGAGGAACCAGGUGUAAUGGGAUUGGUCUGAGAAGCAGCUUCUGCCCAGGGCAUUAUUGAAAACAGCAGUCGGCCAGCUGUGAGUUGGAGUUUAACCGCUGGGUGCGGGCAGGGACCACACAGUCAGAGCUUUGCCAAAACCACUGCCACGGGGUGGGGGUACCGUGGGCCUUCCUGAGGCCGUGCCCCUGGGAAGGAGCAUCAGAGCCUCUGCCAGGGACAGAGGGGUGCCCCUAAGAUGACCCAGCCAGUAAGACACGAAGCAGAGAAGAAGGUAAGUCCCAGUCUGGGGUGACCAGUACCCAGAGCUGGUAUGAUACAUGACCUAAAAGGACCAGUUUUCAAUCCGAAAUUACAAACAUACAAAGAAACAGAGAAAUACAACCACAUACCAUAUUGUUCCUAAAACACAGGUGACGGAGUGAGAUGUUGGAUUUAACAGGGAAAGACUUCAAAUUGACCAUUACAGAUACAGUCAGAGAACUAGAGGAAACCAUGAUUAAAGAAGUUAAGGGGGGAAAGGAAGAUAUUAAGUAGAGAAAAUCAGUAAAAAGAUGAUAAAUAAAAAGCUGUUUUUAAAAACAUGGAAAUUAAACAAUGGAGUUGAAAAGUACUGUAAGAUGACGGAUUUGCCGGAGGGCUCAGCAGUAGAUGUGAACUCGUGGGAGAAAGUUUGUGAUCUUGAUAGCACUUGAGAGAUGAUGCUGUUCAAAGAACAGGGUGAAAAGAAGGAAGACGCUGGGUGGUCUCAGAGUGGUGUGGGACGGUCUCAUCCACCGCCCGGAACAGGAGGCCGGCGGAGCAGCAGCCUGGGCCUCCAUCUCGGCUGGAGUGUCUGCCACCUCCCACCCACCCGGGCUUGCUGGGCGCACGGCCCUCAAAGGUGGAGAAGGCCAGUCCAGGUGGGAGGACGGUCCCCACGACGGCCCCAUUUCACGGAGGUAUCCUGAGGCCCACUGCUGGCCAUGGGCUUCCCAGUCAGUGUGCCCACCUCUGUGGGCUUGGGGCAGGAGGGGCUCCUUGAGCAGUGCCAGGAGGGAAGGCUGGAGACAACAGGUUCGGUGGAGGGUGGCCGCAUCACUCUGGCAGUGUUAGCAGGCGCACAAGCCCAGCAAGAGGGCCCAGGUCUGGGACUAGCCUGCAGGCCAGGGGUCCUGGGUGGCCGUUGGGUCUGGGCAUCACUGGCUGCCCCUGCCCUCCCACAGGCCCAGCUGUGAGGUUGGUCACCCCUCUGCCACAUCCUCUCAAGAGACGGUUUCCUGGGCUGGGGACAAAAUGUGUGUGGAUGUGGAAGCUGCCAGGAGUUGCAACAGACCCACAGACCCUUUCAGACAAGGGGCUGGCUUUGUUCUGUCUCUGGGGGCCGUGCGGUGCCUUCUGGGGGACUUGAGAGAGUGCAGGCGGCCCCAGGCUAGAACCUUGAAGGAGCUGGAGGGUUCCUGAGCAGCCAGGGGUCUGCUGUGCGUGGCCUGGGUGAACCCUGACGCUGGUCCCUCACUGAGCCCCAGUCCUUGGACCCACUCCUGCGUCCUGACCCUGGUCGCGGGCUGAGCCCCCACUCUGGCCCGUGUGCGCUCUCAGCUCCCAAGGAGGGCAAGACCAGGGAGUCUGGAACACGUGUGGGACUCAAUUGUACCCUGGGGGAAGGCGAGAGCCUUUGUGAUCUCACCCCUUCUCCCCCAUGUGUGACGUGGCACUCUCUGUGACCACACACGCGCCCCCACCCCCCACCGCCUCUACCCUGGCUCCAGGCCCUGCUGACAGUGGUCCCGGGGGCGGAGAGUGACUGUGUGACUGACUCACAGCAGGUGGGAGAGGUGUGAAUGUCAGAGCUGGGCUUCCCCCAGUGCAGACCCCCGCGCAUUCAGGCAGCUCCUGGGGGCGCCUCAGGGCUGUGCCAGGCCCCCCUGUGUCACCUGUGGGCAGGCACACACCCGAGCCAGCGCCAGGGCCCCUCCAGACCAGCCCCAUUCUCCGAGCCCAUGGGGAUUGGGGGCCCGGCAGCUGCCUGCCCUGCCUCUGCCCACCCCUUGCCGGGGUCCUGGGCUCUUCCCAGUCCAGCUGAGGCCAGUCGUCUCUGGCUGCAGGAGUCAGGAGGCUGUAGGUCCUGGGGUGGGAGGAGCCCAGAGAACCUGCUGGGGGCAUCCUUCAAGGGCCGGAGACUUCCCUGUCCAGCCUGGCGCUGUGCUCGCUCCGGGGCCUGCAGCCAGCUAGCCCUGUCCAGACAGACAGCCUGGAGCCCAGGGCCUGGGGGAGCUCCCCAGAGUGGGGCACUGGGAGGACAGAAGAGACCUGGAGAGCAAAAGCUGGCGUCCUGGAGGAGGGGGACCAUGGUGCCCAGGGCAGGAUGGGACUCACCUGUGGGGUCCCUCUGCAGGCUCUGGUACCCUGACUUUGAGGGUGGGGCCCAGGGGAGAGGCAUGAGGAGCGAGGGACUGGGGAGCAGGCGAUGGGCAGGCUUUGUGCCCUUGUCCCCCAAGGCUGCAGCGUGAGCUCAGGCCUCCAGGUGCUGAGACACUGGCCACCACGAGGGCAGGUGGGGCUCCCUGUGUUGGAGACGCUGUGUUCUGUGUCUGGACCUGGCAGGGUGGAAGCCUGUGUCAACUUGCCCAUAUCUCUGUGGCUCCCCAGUAAGCCUUGGAGGAGGCCUGGCUCCCCAUUUCAGAUCAGGAUCCCUGGAGCACAGGUGAGGUAGUUUGGGUGCAGGUUCUGGCCCCGGGUCCCAGGCUCACUCUCCACCUCCCCCCAUCCUGAGCAGCGGGCCUGCAGCAGGGCCAGCAGCUUGUCAAGAGCUGAGGCCCCUCCUGCAGCGAAAGGGUCAGGGGCAGCCAGAGGGUCUAAGGAGGCAUCUGUUAGCUCAGGAAGCAGCGUGGGCCCGAGGGUUCUCCUCAGAGGAGGCUCAGCUGCAGUCUCCAGUGAGUGGGCGUCUGUCCCCCAUUUAUUAAUAAAGCAGAGUAGUGAUGUCACUGGCGCGCUCAGCGAGCCUGCCGCACCGCUAGCCGACGCUUCCUAAUUAGGAAACGGAGUCCAGCUGUCCUUGGGAGGCUCUGUAGUGGAUGGCAUCAGGCCUUGAGUGGCUGCCGUCUGCUGGCCUCAGGUGUCUGAUCUGCCCCACCAUCCCGUAAGGGGGUCCGGCCAGGAGGUGUGGUGCCCCUUGGCAGUGAGGCUCCGGAGAUGGUGAUGCUGGUGAGGAUGAUGGAGGUUAUGGGGGUGGUUGUGGCAGAGAUGACCAGUUGUGGUGCUGGAUGAAGACGCUGGUGAUGGGGUUGCUGUGGUCUGGAUGUUUGUAUACUCCUCCAGAUUUAACUGUUGAAAUCCUAAGCCCCAAGCUGACAGUGUUGGGAGGCGGGGGCUUUGAGAGGUGGUCAGGUGGAGCCUUGAACUGGAUUAACACCCAUAACAGAGACCCCAGAAGGCCCCACGCCUCUUGCAUCAUAUGAGGACGCAGCAAGGUCUGCCGUCCACAGCCAGGAGGGCUUUCACCAGAACCCAGCCACUCCGGCACCCUGACCUGGGAUUUCCAGCCUCCGCAAUGGUGAGGAAUACAUUUCUGCAGCUUGCGAGCCACCCUGUCUGUGGUAUAGUUAGAGCACCCCGGAUGGAAGAAGGCAGGGAUGAAGUAGCAUGGAGGCAAAGGCACUGGUGGUGGUGCACGGGGCAGUGAGGAACACACGGCGUCAGUGGUGUGGUGGUUGGCGAGGUGGUGGUUUUCAUGGUGGUGGCAAUGUUGAGGAUGGCGGGUGAUGUGAACUGAUCUGUGUCCCUCCCCCAUUCAUAUGAUGAAGCCCCCAGCAUGACAGUGUUUGGAGGUAGGGCUUUCAGGAGGUAAUUGAAGUUAGAUGAGGUCAUAAGAGUGGGGCCCUUUUCCAAUAGGACUAAUGCCUAUACCAGAAGAGGAUGAUGGCUUUCAAUUCCCCUCUUUCUCACAAACCAAGAAAAGGCCUUGUGAGAACACUUCAAGAAGAUAGCCGUCUACCAGCCAAGAGAACUCUCACUAGAAACCUGAUCGACUGACACCCUGAUCUUGGACUUGCCAACCUCCAGAAUUGUGAGAAAGAAAUAAAUGUCUGUUGUUUCA